GAAACUGGCUGGCAAUAAGAUCAGUGGAGGCAUUCCCAAGACCAUUACGAAGCUUAAAAAGCUCGAGUUUUUCUCUGUGGCAUUCAACAGUAUGAACGCAGAUUUGCCAGACUUCCUGUCCGAGCUCACAGCGCUCAGGCAGAUGGGGAUGCGCAGCAAUGAAUUCACCGGGUUCAUACCCACCAGCCUCGGCACUCUUUCCCACCUGCAGCGACUGGAGCUGAGUUACAACCAGCUCAGUGGCAUGGUGCCGGUCUCCUUGGCCAACCUGCACAACCUCACCGAGCUGUGGCUGCGAGACAACCAGCUCAACGGCACCAUCCCCUCCUUACUUGGAGAACUGACCAAACUCGUUGCUCUGGAUCUGAAGAACAACGACAUGAAUGGCACCAUCCCCGCCUCCCUCUUCAACCUCACCAGGCUCACCAAACUCGAUUUCAACUCCAAUGGGUUCACAGGACCACUGGCCUCUAGCAUUGGGAGGCUCGUCAGCCUUCAGUUCUUCGAUUUAAGCAGCUGCCAGUUCUCAGGGUCUCUCCCAGACACCAUCGGUCGCCUCACCAACCUGACACAAAUGUGGCUGGCAGACAACCAUUUCAACGGUUCCGUGCCCGACUCAUGGAGCAGCCUCACACAGCUGCGCGCACUUGGCCUCGCAGGCAAUGCUCUUUCCGGCACUGUCCCAGCAGCAUUUUUCAACCUCAAGAGCCUCACCCAACUGCACUUCCCCAACAACUUAUUCCAUGGUUCCCUUCCCACUGCCCUCUUUCAGCUCACCAACCUCACUGAUCUAAACUUUGGCAAUACAUCCUUGUCGGGACCAAUACCUUCGGAGAUCAGCAAUCUUGUGCAGCUAGUGUGGACCGAUGGGAAGAGGGCCAACUUCAGUGGACCCCUGCCGACCACCAUCACACGAAUGACGACCCUCGAGAGAUUGAAUCUGGCCCACAACCGCUUGAGUGGACCCAUUCCCACUGGCUUUGCCAACCUUACCAGCUUGACGAUGCUAAUUCUGAACAACAACAGCCUCUCAGGCGAACUGCCUACUGCGCUGGGCCAGAACCCUGCGCUCAAGGACCUCGGUCUUGGCAGCAACUACCUGAAAGGAUCCUUCCCUGAAAGCUUCUCUAGCCUUACCAACCUUACCAAACUGGUCCUGAGCAACAACUCUCUCUCUGGCUCUCUUCCUACCACCAUCAGCGCUCUUACCUCCCUCAGCAUCCUGUAUUUUCACAACAACAACUUUGAGGGGUCACUGCCCAAUCUCCCGUACAACGUAUCGGCAGUAGAUUUCAGUGGCAACAACUUCACAGGAGGAUUUCCGUUGUACUCCGCACGAUUCAGCAGCCUUGCCUCAUUGAACGUCAGCAGCAACAGGCUUUCUGGCUCGCUUCCUUCAGAGCUGGGCAAUCUCGUGGCCCUUACAUCCCUCAACACGAGUGGCAACCAGUUCUCAGGCGUCAUCCCGCCCUCCCUCCAAGCCCUCAAGCUCCUUAGUUUCCUGGAUCUGAGUGGCAACUCUCUCAGUGGUGGCAUUCCAGACUUCCUGAGCGUGCUCACGCUCUUACAGAGGCUCAAUCUCAGCACCAACUCGCUCUCUGACACGCUUUCUGCAUCCCUGGGAGCUCUGGACCAGUUGACGUCCCUUGACUUGAGCAGCAACCAGCUGUCUGGGUCAAUCCCUUCUGCCUUUGGCGGCCUCACCCUGCUCGUGCACAUUGAUGCACAUGUGAGAGAUGCACAUGUGAGUGAUGCACAUGUGAGUGAUGCACAUGUGAGUGAUGCACAUGUGAGUGAUGCACAUGUGAGUGGUGCACAUGUCAGUGAUGCACAUGUGAGUGGUGCACAUGUGAGUGAUGCACAUGUGAGUGAUGCACAUGUGAGUGAUGCACAUGUGAGUGAUGCACAUGUGAGUGGUGCACAUGUGAGUGAUGCACAUGUGAGUGGUGCACAUGUGAGUGAUGCACAUGUGAGUGAUGCACAUGUGAGUGAUGCACAUGUGAGUGAUGCACAUGUGAGAGAUGCACAUGUGAGUGAUGCACAUGUGAGUGAUGCACAUGUGAGUGAUGCACAUGUGAGAGAUGCACAUGUGAGUGAUGCACAUGUGAUGGAUGCACAUGUGAGUGGUGCACAUGUGAGUGAUGCACAUGUGAGUGGUGCACAUGUGAGUGAUGCACAUGUGAGUGAUGCACAUGUGAGUGAUGCACAUGUGAGUGAUGCACAUGUGAGAGAUGCACAUGUGAGUGAUGCACAUGUGAGUGAUGCACAUGUGAGUGAUGCACAUGUGAGAGAUGCACAUGUGAGUGAUGCACAUGUGAUGGAUGCACAUGUGAGUGAUGCACAUGUGAGAGAUGCACAUGUGAGUGAUGCACAUGUGAGUGAUGCACAUGUGAGUGAUGCACAUGUGAGUGAUGCACAUGUGAGAGAUGCACAUGUGAGUGAUGCACAUGUGAUGGAUGCACAUGUGAGUGAUGCACAUGUGAGAGAUGCACAUGUGAGUGAUGCACAUGUGAGUGAUGCACAUUUGAGUGAUGCACAUUUAACAUCGGCCGCCUCUCAGACCUCACCUCCCUGUACGUCCAGAGUGGGUCAUGUCAUCCUAAUCAUCCUCAUCAUCCUAAUCAUCCCCAUCAUCCUAAUCAUCCCCAUCAUCCUCAUCAUCCCAAUCAUCCCAAUCAUCCCCAUCAUCCUAAUCAUCCCCAUCAUCCUAAUCAUCCCCAUUAUCCUCAUCAUCCCCAUCAUCCUCAUCAUCCCCAUCAUCGUCAUCAUCCCCAUCAUCCUCAUCACCCCCAUCAUCCUUAUCAUCCCCAUCAUCCUAAUCAUCGCCAUCAUCCUAAUCAUCCCCAUCAUCCUAAUCAUCCCCAUUAUCCUCAUCAUCCCCAUCAUCCUCAUCAUCCCCAUCAUCGUCAUCAUCCCCAUCAUCCUAAUCAUCCCCAUCGUCCUCAUCAUCCCUAUCAUCCUCAUCAUCCCCAUCAUCCUCAUCACCCCCAUCAUCCUUAUCAUCCCCAUCAUCCUAAUCAUCGCCAUCAUCCUAAUCAUCCCCAUCAUCCUAAUCAUCCCCAUUAUCCUCAUCAUCCCCAUCAUCCUCAUCAUCCCCAUCAUCGUCAUCAUCCCCAUCAUCCUAAUCAUCCCCAUCGUCCUCAUCAUCCCUAUCAUCCUCAUCAUCCCCAUCAUCCUCAUCACCCCCAUCAUCCUUAUCAUCCCCAUCAUCCUAAUCAUCGCCAUCAUCCUAAUCAUCCCCAUCAUCCUAAUCAUCCCCAUUAUCCUCAUCAUCCCCAUCAUCCUCAUCAUCCCCAUCAUCGUCAUCAUCCCCAUCAUCCUCAUCACCCCCAUCAUCCUUAUCAUCCCCAUCAUCCUAAUCAUCGCCAUCAUCCUAAUCAUCCCCAUCAUCCUAAUCAUCCCCAUUAUCCUCAUCAUCCCCAUCAUCCUCAUCAUCCCCAUCAUCGUCAUCAUCCCCAUCAUCCUAAUCAUCCCCAUCGUCCUCAUCAUCCCUAUCAUCCUCAUCAUCCCCAUCAUCCUCAUCACCCCCAUCAUCCUUAUCAUCCCCAUCAUCCUAAUCAUCGCCAUCAUCCUAAUCAUCCCCAUCAUCCUAAUCAUCCCCAUUAUCCUCAUCAUCCCCAUCAUCCUCAUCAUCCCCAUCAUCGUCAUCAUCCCCAUCAUCCUAAUCAUCCCCAUCGUCCUCAUCAUCCCUAUCAUCCUCAUCAUCCCCAUCAUCCUCAUCACCCCCAUCAUCCUUAUCAUCCCCAUCAUCCUAAUCAUCGCCAUCAUCCUAAUCAUCCCCAUCAUCCUAAUCAUCCCCAUUAUCCUCAUCAUCCCCAUCAUCCUCAUCAUCCCCAUCAUCGUCAUCAUCCCCAUCAUCCUCAUCACCCCCAUCAUCCUUAUCAUCCCCAUCAUCCUAAUCAUCGCCAUCAUCCUAAUCAUCCCCAUCAUCCUAAUCAUCCCCAUUAUCCUCAUCAUCCCCAUCAUCCUCAUCAUCCCCAUCAUCGUCAUCAUCCCCAUCAUCCUAAUCAUCCCCCAUAUCCUCAUCAUCCCCAUCAUCCUCAUCAUCCCCAUCAUCCUCAUCAUCCCCAUCAUCGUCAUCAUCCCCAUCAUCCUAAUCAUCCCCCAUAUCCUCAUCAUCCCCAUCAUCCUCAUCAUCCCCAUCAUCCUAAUCAUCCCCAUUAUCCUCAUCAUCCGCAAUACCUUCCUUGAACCACUGCCAUGGGGCAUCAACAGCCUGGGGCAGCUGCAGGCCUUGUACGGCACCCCCAGCAUUUUCUGCAACGACAAUGCCACCUGCCCUGCUGCCCCUGCGCCGCCCGCCAGCCCGAUGCCCCCUCAUGCGCCACCAGCCAAUCCCACGUCGCCACCUGUCGCCGACUCCAGCUCCCCUGCGUCUGCGCCCAACACCACCUGCCAUGUGUGCCAGAGAUACUGCCUUGGCUGCUCCCCCUCUGCCCCCAGUGCGUCUCCUGCUGCUUCUGCUCCCUCUGUCCCUCCUGCACUGCUUCGCCCACCGUACAACUUCCAUCACUCAUUACACCUCUCAUUUGCUAAAUCUCCUGCCAUCCUGAGCCCACUCUUGCUUUCCCAAUACUUCGUCUCCUUCGCUCAUUUUCCCUCCCCAUCCUCUUUUCUCGUCCAGUUCCUUAUCUGUUCUCUCUCCCCAGGGGCCAUAGCAGGCAUAGUGGCAGCGGCACUCAUUGCACUCCUUGCUCUCAUCGCCCUAAUCAUCCUACUCUGCUUCCGCUUCCGCCAAACGAAGCCUGCGUGCAAGCAGUACUCACUGGCGAACAUCCAGCAGGCCACCAACUUCUUCUCGGAGGUCAACCUGAUUGGCUCAGGGGGCUUCAGCGACGUGUACAAGGGCGUGGAUCCACAAGAUCCGGAGGUGCUGUGGGCUGUCAAGCGCGCGACGGCGCUGUCCAACGACUUUAUGAAGGAGGUGGCAGACAUGGCACGGCUGAAGCAUCCAGCACUGGUGCCACUGCUGGGGUACUGCAUCGACUACAACGAGGCGACCCUACAGAUGGAGCAGAUCAUCGUGUCUCACUUCAUGCCCAACGGAGACCUCUGGCAAUGGACCAAGCCAGGGGCGAAGCCCAUGUCACUGCGUGUGAGGCUGGCAGUGCUGGUGGACGUGGCAGACGGGCUGAGCUUCCUCCACAGCCGUCGGAUCGUGCACCGCGAUGUGAAGCCGGCCAACGUGCUGCUGGAUGCUGAAAUGCGGGCGAAGGUGGCGGAUUUUGGGUUCAUGCGGAUGAUGGAGGCGAGCAAAGUGAAUCCCACCAGGGUGAUGGGCACACCGGGCUAUGUGGACCCCGAAUACCACGACACCCACCUCGCCACCACCGCCACCGAUGUGUACAGUUUUGGAGUGUUGCUGCUGGAGAUGCUGACUGGCAGGGAGCCCAUCCUCACAGUCGAUGGUUCACAGUCACACAUUCGGGACUGGGCGGCUGCAGAGCUCUCCAGUGGUGACGUCAUCCCCAUCAUAGACCCCAGAAUGGUCUCCCCUGCUGCCUCCCGCACCAGCAUGGUGCAUGCUGACGUCAUGCAGAGCCUUGCAUCCCUGGCGUUGGCAUGCACUGCCAUGCCCGCUGCUUCGCGCCCCUCCAUGGCCAAAGUGCUCUCACAGCUGAAGCAGCUCCACCAGGAGGUGGUGAGGCGGGAGGGGGAGAGCCUAUUGGAGCAAGGGAGUGGCCUGGGAGGACUGGGAACGGGUGGAGCGAGUUGGUUAGUGAGGGAGAAUCGUGUGAGCCCUGCAGCUGCGUCGACAGUAGGGAGUGAGAGUGCGGUGAUGGGAACAACGGAUGACGUAGGUAGUCCUGAAGAGGAUGAGGGCUCGAUUGUUGGCGAGGUGACGAGUGGGGAAGCAAGUAGGAGCAUGGGUGACGGCCACAACUGA